AAAAAUUCUGAAGCAGUUUUCUGAAACCCUCUGCUUUCUUCCACUGCUUCCUCUUCUCCUCAACUAAUCCUUAAGAGGUAUUCAGAAUGUGGUUCAGAACAAUAUGGAAAGUGGGUGGUAGAAAUGUUGUGGGCUUCUCUAGGCCACUCAGAAGAUAUACAUCAGUUUCAAGCAGAGAUGUAAUGGAUGUUGCUGUUAAAGAUGGGGAGCUGAGGGUCUUCAUAGUCGCUGGAGAGGUUUCUGGGGACACCAUUGGCUCUCGUCUAAUGGCAUCUCUAAAGAAGCUCUGUCCAGUUCCUGUCCGUUUUUCUGGUGUUGGAGGGUCCAUGAUGUCUAAACAAGGAUUAAAAUCUCUGUUUCCUUUGGAGGAUAUUGCGGUAAUGGGAUUAUUGGAGUUAUUGCCUCAUCUGAAUAGGCUGAGAGUGAAGCUGCAGGAGACAAUAGAGGCUGCUCUUCUGUUUCAACCUCAUGUUGUUGUAACAGUGGAUUCCAAGGGUUUCUCUUUCCGUCUUUUAAAGCAGUUACGGGCUAGAUACAAUCAGCAGAGAUUCGAUGUUCCAGUACACUUCCAUUAUGUAGCCCCAUCAUUCUGGGCUUGGAAAGGGGGCGAAGCAAGACUCGGAGGCCUGACCGAAUUUGUGGAUCAUGUCUUGUGUAUACUUCCUAAUGAAGAAGAAGUUUGCCGAUCAAAUGGACUGGCUGCAACCUUUGUGGGCCACCCCAUUCUGGAGGACGUUUUGGAGUUAAAUUUGGACACUUCACCUCAUGAAUGGAAGAAGAUAGAAGGAAACUGUGAAGAUUUCAGAAAGAGAUAUUCAAUACCUGCAGGAACCACAGUCAUUUCCUUGCUUCCUGGAAGCAGAUUACAAGAGGUCACCAGAAUGCUUUCCAUCUUUGAAAACACUAUGAGAUUAUUAAAAGGUUCCUCUCCCAAGUUAGUAACAGUCAUCCAUGUCGCUCCAAAUCAGCAUGUGAAGAACUAUGUCACUGGAAUCACUAACAAGUGGCCUGUGCCUGCUAUAUUGAUUCCAGGAGGAUCCCUGCACCAAAAAUAUGAUGCAUUCAGUGCAAGUAGUGUUGCGUUAUGUGCUUCUGGAACAGUUGCUUUGGAGUUGCAGCUUGCGCGGCUACCAUGCGUAGUCGCUUAUCGAGCUCAUUUCCUAACCGAGUGGAUUAUUCGUUAUAAAGCCAAGAUACCGUACAUCUCCCUCCCAAAUAUUCUCAUGGAUUCAGCUAUUAUGCCCGAAGCUCUCUUUCAAGCAUGUACUCCAACAAACCUAGCCUCAUCGAUUUUGAAUUUGAUACACAACGAUGGCCUCCGAGAAAAACAGAUCGUUGCUGCUGAAAAGGUUAUCGGACUUCUAUGCCCUCAGGCCAGAAAUUUAGGUAACCUGUCACAGCAACAUCGAGGAAGGUUUCCCCAUUACACCCCAAGUAUGAUAGCAGCAACCGCAAUACUGUACCAUGCAAAGCCAGAAGUGCUAAUUACUUAAGUAAAUUUUUUUGUCCAAAUGUUUAAUAUCAUCUCACCAAUGAACUUUUGGCUUGAUUAGAAUUGAAG